AGUCCCAAUGGAACCGUUGGAUAAACCAGCGCCGAAGGCCUCGCCACUCGCGCCAUUUCCUCGGGACUCUCGAGGAUCCUUAGAGGUUUUCAAUCCCUCGUCCACUUACUCGUCCCGAUCGAUCAAUUCCAUUUCUCGGCCGAACCCAACGUGGCCCAAUUGGGUCGAGCCACGUAGCAGUGCAGAAUCGGACUCAACCAAACUCGCCGCUAAACCGGCGAGUAAAACCGGCGAGGAAAUUACGUCAUGGAUGGCUUUCAAAGACUCAAACCCUUCACCACAACCCUCAUCCCCACUCGCUCAGAAAACCAUCUCGUCGAUUUUCAGCGACAAAUCGCCGUCGGGGAAGGCGAAAUCGGCGGACGAAGUGGGUUCCGCCGCCCUACGCGCUGCCGAGUGGGGAUUGGUACUGAAAACCGAUACGGAAACUGGGAAGCCACAAGGCGUUGGAGUACGAACUUCCGGCGGCGAUGAACCGAAUACGAAACAGGAAACCUCGAGGAGGACUUCGAAUAACACGGUGCGGAGUUCGGGCGACAUGUCGGAAGAAGGGGGAAGAGAAAGGGGGAUUCCGAGAGUGUCUGAAGAUUUGAAAGACGCUCUGUCGACAUUUCAACAAACAUUUGUGGUUUCUGAUGCUACGAAACCUGAUUAUCCGAUUAUGUAUGCUAGUGCUGGAUUUUUCAAGAUGACUGGCUAUACUUCCAAGGAAGUUAUUGGAAGAAAUUGUCGAUUUUUACAGGGUGCAGAUACAGACCCUGAAGAUGUGGCUAAGAUACGAGAAGCUUUACAAGCUGGGACAAGUUACUGUGGGAGGUUGUUGAAUUACAAGAAAGACGGGACCCCUUUUUGGAACCUUCUUACUAUUUCACCAAUCAAAGAUGAUGAUGGCAAAGUUCUUAAAUUUAUUGGAAUGCAAGUGGAGGUGAGCAAACACACAGAGGGAUUCAAAGAUAAGAUGGUCCGUCCCAAUGGGUUGCCAGAAUCCUUGAUUCGUUAUGAUGCCCGUCAAAAGGAGAUGGCUACCAGUUCGGUAACGGAGCUUGUGCAAGCGGUGAAAAGGCCUCGGGCUCUAAGUGAAUCUAUGAACCGCCGGUUGUUUAGAAAAUCAGGCGGUGGUGGUGGCGGCGACAACGAUGACGACAGAUAUGAAACCACUAUGGUUAGGCGAAAGUCGGAGAGUGCAGCACCUGCAGCUGGUCGAAAAUCACAGGGAGGAAGUAGAAGGUCGAUGCAGCGUAUCAAUGAGCUGCCGGAGAAAAAACCCAAAAAGUCUAGCCGUCGUUCAUUUAUGGGGAUUAUGAGGAAAAGUCAAUCAAAUGUUGAAAGCUUCGACAUUGAAGAGGGUUCCGAUGAUGAUAACGAGACCGAUGACGAUGUUAGACCAGAUAGUGUCGACGACAAAGUAAGGCAAAGGGAAAUGAGGAAGGGUAUUGAUUUAGCUACUACUCUUGAACGUAUAGAGAAAAACUUUGUCAUUACUGAUCCUAGAUUGCCUGACAAUCCCAUUAUAUUUGCAUCCGAUAGCUUCCUGGAGCUAACCGAGUACAGUAGAGAAGAAAUCUUGGGAAGAAACUGCAGAUUUCUGCAAGGUCCUGAAACCGAUCGAGCAACUGUCAAGAAAAUAAGAGAUGCAAUCGACAACCAAACAGAAGUUACAGUGCAGCUUAUUAACUACACAAAAAGCGGCAAGAAGUUUUGGAACCUGUUUCAUCUACAACCUAUGCGUGACCAGAAGGGUGAAGUCCAGUAUUUUAUUGGAGUACAACUUGACGGUAGUCAACAUGUGGAACCGCUAAGCAAUUGCAUAUCGGAAAAUACUGCAAAGGAGGGCGAAAAAUUGAUAAAAGAAACUGCAGAAAAUGUUGAUAUGGCAGCCAGAGAACUUCCUGAUGCCAAUUUGACACCAGAAGAUUUAUGGGCAAAUCAUUCUAAGAUGGUUCAACCAAAACCUCACAGAAAGGAUAGUCCUUCUUGGAAAGCCAUCCAGAAGAUUUUAGACGGUGGAGAACAGAUAGGACUGAAACAUUUCAGGCCAGUGAAGCCUUUGGGAUCUGGUGAUACUGGCAGCGUGCACUUGGUAGAACUGUGUGGGACUGAUCAAUAUUUUGCAAUGAAGGCAAUGGAUAAGGGUGUCAUGCUCAACCGCAACAAGGUGCAUAGAGCUUGCGCCGAGAGAGAAAUACUUGACAUGUUGGAUCAUCCUUUUCUUCCUGCACUAUACGCUUCGUUUCAGACAAAAACACAUGUUUGUCUUAUAACUGAUUACUGUCCUGGUGGAGAACUCUUUCUGCUUUUGGACAGACAACCCACAAAGGUCAUAAAGGAAGAUGCUGUCAGGUUUUAUGCUGCUGAAGUUGUUGUUGCAUUGGAGUAUCUCCAUUGUCAAGGGAUAAUUUACCGGGAUCUAAAGCCUGAGAAUGUUCUACUCCAAAGCAACGGACACGUUGCCUUGACGGAUUUUGACUUGUCAUGUUUGACUUCUUGUAAACCUCAGCUUUUGCUUCCAACAGCAAAUGAGAAGAAAAAGCAAUCAAGAGCUCAACAGGCUCCGAUCUUUAUGGCUGAACCUAUGCGAGCAUCGAACUCCUUCGUCGGAACUGAAGAGUACAUAGCACCGGAAAUCAUUACUGGGGCUGGCCAUACUAGUGCAGUGGACUGGUGGGCUUUGGGUAUCCUUCUAUAUGAAAUGCUUUAUGGAUACACACCCUUUAGAGGGAAGACAAGGCAAAAGACAUUUGCCAACAUUCUCCACAAGGAUCUUAAAUUUCCUAGAAGUAUAUCGGCUAGUCUCAAUGCAAAGCAGUUAAUCUUUAGGUUAUUGCAUAGAGACCCCAAAAACCGAUUAGGUUCUCGAGAAGGAGCUAGUGAAAUCAAACGACAUCCUUUCUUCCGAGGCGUCAAUUGGGCGCUCGUUCGUUGCAUGAAUCCUCCCGAGCUUGAAGCACCUCUUUUCCAGGCUACCGAUGCCGAAAAAGAUGCUAAUAAAGCAUCAGAUUUUGAUAUAAAAGAACUUGAACUCAGUGUUUUCUGAUCAUAAGUUUGUUUGUUGGUUCUGGCUUGCAUUCACAAAGAAAUGGCUGUCUUCAAAUAAUUCUUUUAUGGUUCAUUUGUUUUGAUCAAAAUCACCUUCCUAGUUCUGCAGCAUUGUGGAGCGUUCCAAGCUUGUGAAAUUUUUUUAGGAUUCAAAGCUUUAUUAUUAUUAUUUUUUUUAGUGUUUAUUUAAUCUUUCCCAAUGUAAUAAGAAUGUUGUAAUGUAAUGGUGGUUGGUGAAAUAGUCUCUUAGCUCUGCUUGUUUUUUAAAA